UUAGCUUGACUCUGCGUCUGCUCGGCUUUGAGCGCGGCCGAGCAGGAGAGAGUGGCAGUGAAUGUAUUCGCGGCAGCAUUUAGCCUCCAUAAAAAAUCCCCCCAACAUACUAGAACCGAAAGAGACACGGCCGGACCCCGCUGCUGAUUCCGGCGAACCCGACUCCCUCCCUGGACUAUGCUAGAACCCGAACCCAGGCUGCUAACGGUCCGCUGCGGUGACGACAAGAGGCUUAUUGCACAUCUGUAGAGCAGAAUGAGGGCAUCCGCUAUUCUUCGCCGUGCUUCUCCCUCCGCGGUGUAGCGAGACGCAGGGUGACACUAUUUUUAAAUGUGUCGCUUUUAGAAAUCCUCGCAAGGAAAACCGAGGAGACAGAACCCGUGGAAAUUCGGCGAAAUCCCUCCUCCCGACCUGUGGCCCCCGGAGAACAGUGAAGUCAUUUGAGAAGUCACCGGAGAAGACACGUCUGAAUCAUCCCGUUAGAUUCACCGCUUUGAACGAAAAAAAUCCUCCCCCUUUUUUGAAUCCUUACAUGGUUUUGUCCUUCUGAUCGUUCGACACCAACCCUCCGUGGGCACUAACCCGCACAAGGAUGCCGGAUCAAAUCUCGGUGUCCGAGUUCCUCUCGGAAACGACAGAGGAUUACAACUCCCCGACCACAUCCAGCUUCACCACCCGGCUGCAGAGCUGCAGGAACACCGUCAACGUGCUGGAGGAGGCUCUUGACCAGGACCGAACGUCCCUUCAGAAGGUGAAGAAGUCAGUGAAGGCGAUCUACAACUCGGGUCAAGAUCACGUCCAGAAUGAGGAAAACUACGCCCAAGCUCUGGACAAAUUUGGUAGCAACUUCAUCAGCCGGGACAACCCCGACCUGGGCACAGCUUUCGUCAAGUUCUCCUCCCUCACCAAGGAGCUGUCGGCGCUGCUGAAGAACCUGCUCCAGAGUCUGAGCCAUAAUGUGAUCUUCACUCUGGACUCGCUCCUGAAGGGAGAUUUGAAAGGCGUGAAGGGGGACAUAAAGAAGCCCUUUGACAAAGCGUGGAAAGACUACGAGGCCAAGUUCACAAAGAUCGAGAAGGAGAAGCGGGAGCACGCCAAGCAGCACGGGAUGAUCCGAACCGAAAUCACCGGCGCUGAGAUCGCCGAGGAGAUGGAAAAGGAACGCCGCCUGUUUCAACUCCAGAUGUGUGAGUACCUGAUCAAAGUAAAUGAGAUCAAGACCAAGAAAGGAGUGGACCUCCUGCAGAACCUGAUUAAGUAUUACCAUGCACAGUGCAAUUUCUUCCAGGACGGCUUGAAGACGGCAGACAAGCUGAAGCAGUACAUUGAGAAGCUGGCAGCUGAUCUCUACAAUAUCAAACAGACUCAGGAUGAGGAGAAGAAGCAGCUGACCGCCCUGCGAGACCUGAUCAAGUCCUCCCUCCAGCUGGACCAGAAGGAGUCUAGAAGAGACUCGCAGAGCAAGCAGGGCGGCUACAGCAUGCACCAGCUGCAGGGGAACAAGGAGUUCGGCAGCGAGAAGAAAGGCUACCUGAUGAAGAAGAGCGACGGGCUGAGGAAGGUGUGGCAGAGGAGGCAGUGCUCGGUGAAGGGGGGCAUCCUGACCAUCUCCCACGCCACGUCCAACAGGCAACCCGUCAAACUCAACCUGCUCACCUGCCAGGUGAAGCCGAGCGGCGAGGACAGGAAAUGUUUUGAUCUCAUCUCUCAUAACCGGACAUAUCACUUCCAGGCUGAAGAUGAACAAGAGUUUGUCAUUUGGAUCUCGGUGCUGACCAACAGCAAGGAGGAGGCGCUAAACAUGGCGUUCCGAGGCGAGCAGAGCAGCGGCGGCGAGGACGGACUGGAGGACUUGACUAAAGCCAUCAUCGAAGAAGUGCUGCGCAUGCCGGGCAACGAGCUGUGCUGCGACUGCGGAGCUGCAGACCCCAAGUGGCUCUCCACCAACCUGGGCAUCCUCACCUGCAUCGAGUGCUCGGGCAUCCACAGGGAGAUGGGGGUGCACAUUUCCCGAAUCCAGUCCAUGGAGCUCGACAAGUUAGGGACCUCAGAACUCUUGCUGGCCAAGAACGUUGGGAACAGUAGCUUCAACGAGAUCAUGGAGGGAAACCUCCCCCAUCCUUCCCCGAAGCCCACCCCCUCCAGUGACAUGACGGUGAGGAAGGAGUUCAUCACCGCCAAGUACGUGGACCACAAGUACGCCAAGAAGACCUGCACGUCCGCGUCGGCUAAGAUGAUCGAGCUGUUCGAGGCGGUCCAGUCCCGAGACCUGCUGGCUCUGAUUCAGGUCUACGCGGAGGGGGUGGAGCUUAUGGAGCCCCUCCCAGAGACGGGACCAGAAGCCGGCGAGACUGCGCUGCACUACUCCGUCCGGACGGCGGAUCACACCUCGCUGCACCUGGUGGACUUCCUGGUGCAGAACAGCGGUAACCUGGAUAAGCAGACGGAGUACGGGAACACCGCCCUGCACUACUGCUGCAUGUACGAGAAGCCCGAGUGCCUCAAGUUGCUGCUGAGGGGCAAGCCGGCCACCGACAUCACCAAUCAGAACGGAGAGACGGCUCUGGAUGUUGCCAGGCGACUGAGGAACAGUCAGUGCGAGGAGGCGCUCGUCCAGGCCGCAGAGGGGAAGUUCAACCCUCACAUCCAUGUGGAGUAUGAGUGGAGUCUCAGGCUGGAGGAGAUGGACGAGAGCGACGACGACCUCGACGACAAGCCCAGUCCCAUCAAGAAGGACCGCUCCCCGAGGCCGCAGAGCUUCUGCCACUCCUCCAGCCUCUCCCCCCACGACAAGCUCUCCCUGCCGGGCUUCAUCAGCCAGAGGGACAAGCAGCAGCGCCUGUCCUACAGCGCCUUCACCAACCAGAUGUACAGCGCCUCCACCGACCUCAGCUCCUCCCCCGUGGCGGACGGGCCGCCGCUGCCCCCCAGGAACCAGGGCAAAGCUCCUCCCCCAUCCGGCCCUCACUCCACACUCACGACAGGAGGCAGCUCCACCCUGUCCAAGAAGAGACCUCCGCCCCCUCCUCCUGGACACAAACGCACCCUGUCUGACCCACCCAGCCCUCUCUGUCACACUCCACUCAGUAGAGGGGGCUUAUCCGGGGGGAGCGACUCCACUCCUCCGCCGGUCAGUAAGAUGUCUCCGGUUUCCAACAAGUUUGAAGGCAUUCCUCAACAGCAAAGCACUACUUCAAGCAACACAAAGUCCACACUUGGUCCAAGGGUUCUUCCCAAACUACCUCAGAAAGUGGCGUUACGUAAGAUCGACACCAUCCAUCAUCCGUCUGUGGAUAAGUCCAGCCUUCCUCCAGAGGUCUUCCAGAAGUCCCCCCCAGCAGACCCGCAGAAGGCUCCGCUGGCAGAGAGGCCUCAGCUGGGCGACCUGCCCCCCAAACCGCAGGCGUCUGACCUGCCCCCCAAACCCGGAGAGCUCCCUCCAAAGCCGCAGCUGUCCGACCUCCCGCCGAAACCUCAGCUGGGAGACCUGCCGCCAAAGCCACAGCUCAAAGACCUCCCGCCCAAGCCGCACCUCGCCGACAUCCCCCCGAAACCCGGACCGACCGAACCCUCCCCCAGGCCGCCUCCCGGAGAGCCCACUACACCCAGGCCUCAAACGCAGCCGCCCCCUCCACCCCAUCAGCAGCCUCAGGACUCGCCGUCACCCAAUCAGCAGGCAAACGUAGGGAUCUUGCCUCAGCAGGCCGCAGAGGACGCCAACGGGACGUCGCCCGGCACCACCGAGAUGCCGGUCCCCCUGCCCAGGAAGAUCAACACCGGAAAGAAUAAAGUGCGUCGGGUGAAGACGAUCUACGACUGCCAGGCCGACAACGACGACGAGCUGACCUUUGUGGAAGGAGAGGUGAUCAUAGUCACGGGAGAGGAGGACCAGGAGUGGUGGAUCGGGCACAUCGAAGGCAAUCCGGACAGGAAAGGGGUCUUCCCCAUGUCUUUCGUGCACAUCCUGAGUGACUGACGACAGACUUGCACUACGUCUCUCCCAGAAAUGGGAGAUCCUGUAAAUUCCUACCAUAGAGUUAAACCCCUUGUCGAACGACAAGCGUCUUGAAGAAAAAAAAGAAGAAAAACUAAAACGUGGAUGAGAACAUCCGCGCUGUACAAAGAAUGUGUGUAUUUUUCCUCUACCAGUAUUAUCUUAACCGUAUAGCAUGGCUGAGACCAAGCCACUCUCGAAACCCUAGCACUUACCUUCAAAAAAGUCUAUGUUUAUGCUGUUCCUGUGUAUAUAUGUAUGUAAAUAUAUUUGUGUGUGAGUGUAUAUACAUGUUUGAUUGUAUAAAACAUGUACCACUGCUCUCUGCCCGUCACAUUUUAAGCGGCAGGUCUGGAUUGGACCUGCGUCCGUUUUACCGACAUCAGCUGAUAGUUCUGGAGAAAGGACAUGAAAUGUGAAUCCGUGUCUUGCAUCCCUGUAGUGGACUGAAGAGGCAGCAGUCUCCCCACUGAUGAAGAAGAAGCUCCAUUCAAUGUUCUCCCUGUUCUUGCUUGCUUUGUGUGUAUUAUGGUUGUUUUACCGUAUAGAACCUGCUGCUACUGUGUGGUGGAAUAUCAACGCCUGUGGUUCACUAUAGGUCACUAAUUUCCCUGUUACACUGUUCACUGUGUGUGUGUGUGCGCGCUUUGUGUGUGAACUCAUCUCCGCGGUCCUGAGCUUCUCCGUGCAUGGUGGAACAAUGACUGGAAUGGAGUGGAGCGUCCGAACGCGCUCGCCUCAGGGUUUGAAGAGCCACUAUGAAAGCAGGACUCCAAACACUUCCUGCUCUGUAAGCCACUAUCAAGUACGGGACACUCCAGAGGACAUCCCAGCAAUAACUUGAUUUUCUGACGAGCUAGAAGCUUCACAUCUUCACAGUUUAGUGUCUUGUAAACCUCAUGAGCUUGAAUUUGUUUGUUUUUGUUUUUUUUAAUCAUUCCAUGUUACUGGAUUCAUGACGGUUUGCCUGUGAACCAUCUCUUAGAUGAAGGGCAGAGAACUGACCCCUUUUCACCUGGUCCUCACAGACCUGCAGUUCUUCCCAUGUUAAGGAACAAACCCAUCAGAUCAUUAAAGUGCUGUACUUAAA